CAUUAUAUCACCCCCAAAAAACUCAUGAACAGUACGAACAUAUGGUAAUAAAAGCAUUAUAAGUUCAUCAAAAAUAUCCUCCAAGCCGCCUCUUGCAAAAUAUUGUCCGCAAGAAUGGAUUUUCUUUCCCUUCUCUCCCCUUGCCUAAAUUCUGUCGUAGUUGGAGCACUUGCCAUAGCUCUGUUGUUCUUCCAUCUUUUAAGGAGGUCUAAAGAUCAUGGCUUGCUCAAAACCCCACCAAGUCCAACGGGUGCAUGGCCUAUAGUGGGUCAUCUGCCUCUAUUGGGAGGAAGCGAACUUCCCCACAAAACUUUGGGAGUCAUGGCAGACAAAUACGGUCCGGCUUUGACUAUCCAGAUAGGGUUGCACCCAGCCUUGGUGUUGAGCAAUUGGGAGGUGGCUAAGGAGUGCUUCACAACCAACGAUGUCGCCGUUUCCUCUCGACCCAAACUUGUUGCUUCAAAGCACAUGGGCUAUAACUAUGCUAUGUUCGGCCUCGCAGACUAUGGUUCCUAUUGGCGUGAAUUGCGUAAAAUAGUCACCGUAGAGUUACUCUCAAAUCGUCGGCUUGAACUUCUUUCUCACGUUCGAGUCUCCGAAGUUGAGACCUCCUUAGAACAGCUAUACAAACUUUGGACCAAGCACAGGGACAACUCAGGCCAGAUUAUGGUGGAACUGAAGCAGUGGAUUGGGGACAUGAAUCUUAACUUGAUUGUUAGGAUGGUUGCUGGAAAGCGGUACGACUUUUCUACUAGUACAGGGGAUCAUAACAAAGAAAAGGUGCGUAGGUGGCAAAAAGCAUGGAGGGAGUUUUUUCGUUUGCUCGGGUUGUUCGCGGUGUCGGAUGCCAUUCCUUGCCUUGCGUGGUUGGAUUUGGGUGGACACGAGAAGGCCAUGAAGAGAAUUGCCAAAGAAUUGGACAGUAUCAUUGGGGAAUGGCUGGAAGAUCAUAAGCGUAAGAGGGCUUUAGGUGAGGGUAAAGGGGAGCAAGAUUUCAUGGACGUAUUGCUUUCUAUCCUCAAUGGUGCCGACCAGCUUGCAGGCAAUGAUGCGGAUACAAUCAUCAAAGCCACAUGUUCGAAUCUGAUCGCUGGGGGCAGUGACACCAACACAGUUACCCUAACUUGGGCAAUAUCGCUCUUGCUAAACAACCGGCAUGUGCUGAAAAAGGCCCAAGAUGAGCUUGACAUCCUAGUGGGAAAGGAAAGAGUUGUUGAGGACUCAGAUAUCAGUAAAUUGGUCUAUCUCCAAGCCAUCGUCAAAGAGACAUUACGUUUAUAUCCAGCAGCUCCAUUAGGAGCGCCGAGAGAAUUCAAUGAGGACUGCAUCAUAGGCGGAUACCAUGUCCCGAAAGGCACCCGACUCAUUACCAACAUUUGGAAAAUUCAAACGGAUUCACAGAUAUGGUCAGACCCUUUGGAGUUCAAGCCGGAAAGAUUUUUAUCAACCCACAAGGAUUUUGAUGUCAGGGGUAAAAAAUUUGAGUUGAUCCCAUUCGGAAGUGGUCGAAGAGUGUGCCCCGGAGCAACUUUCGCCCUUCAAGUGGUGCACUUGACACUAGCUAGAAUUUUUCAAAUGUUUGAGAUCUCAACUCCCUUGAAUGCACAGGUUGAUAUGACAGAGAGCUUUGGACUGACAAACAUGAAAGCCACUCCACUCGAGGUUCUCAUCAAGCCUCGCCUACCUUCCAAGCUUUAUGCAUUGAAGACCAUCAAAUAGAAUUCAUGCAUGCUUGCAGUGUGGGUCUCAGAAUUGUGGUUUGAUCAAGAUUUCCACAACUUUGCUUAAUUUAGUUUUCCAAUAAAUUAAGUGCCGCUUUGCACCAUGCAGGUAAAAGUCGGUACGUAAUUAUUGUAAUAGAUUGGCAAUAAUUACAAUA